UUCAUUACAGUUGUGGGCGGGGCCAUGACGAUGCUUCCGGUAACAGAAGGAUACUUUCGGUUUGGGAACUCCUUAAACGUGUUACUUCAAGGAUUAUUAUAUUCUAAUUCAGCGCGGUUGGAAUUGAGAAUGCUACGGUGUUUAAUUAAUGUGAUAUCUAAACCGAAAAGAAGUACAUAUAACAGAUCUGCUGAAGUUAACUGCCGCAUUAAGAGUCGUUAUCACUGGUCAGAAGAACGUUCUUUGGUAUAUAAUUAAUGCGAAUGUAGCUAGGCUGUUUGUGUUUCAUUUUUGAACUGCGACAUCGUCAAACUAUGAGAUAUAACAUACGUUUCCACCUGUAUGUCCAGACGCACAAGAGUGACUUAUAAAGCAAAUAUAAUAGACCUAUCAAAAACAAAAAUGGGGCAGUCAGAGAGCAGACACUUUAAUGCAUCUUUGAGUGACUUUAUACCCAGAUCAAACUCAUGCUCAGGUCUGCGUCCAGCUGUUCCUCUAGCUGUGGUUGAGGAGAUCCUCCUGAAUCUUCCUGCUCAUCAGGUGGUGCGAGUCUGUCGUCUGGUGUGUCAUGAGUGGAAGGAGCUGGUGGACAGCACUGCACACUGGAGAGAGCGCUGUCGGAGAGAGGGCUUACAGCCACAAGAUCCUUCCAGAGCCCUAGACGGUGGGAGCCAGUUUUACUUCAUAACUAAGAAACGACAUAACUUGCUCAAGAAUCCCAGAGCAGAAGAGGAGUUCAGUGGAUGGGAGAUUGUAGAGAAUGGUGGUGACCGCUGGGCAGUAGAAGAUAAUUCUGUAAAAAUCCCAAAUUUCACAGUCGCAAAAUACUUUGUCACCUCUUACAAGUUAUGUUUGAAGCAACAGCUGAUAGAUUUGAAGAAGGAAGGCUACAACGCUGCUUUCAUGGAUCAUCUACAACCUCAUAUCAAAAUAUCAGACUGGUACGCACCGCGCCGUGAUUGUGGAAGCAUGUAUCAGAUCUGUGUGGAGUUGCUUGAUCAGAGGAAGAAACCCAUCGAUACCUUUGAGCCUGAACAAGUUUUCUUUCCGCAGUGGAACGAUCAGCAGUGGCGUGAAAUGACACAUGUCUUUAAGGAUUAUGGACCUGGGGUUCGGUUUAUCCGUUUCACUCAUGGUGGGCAGGAUACAAAGUUCUGGGCUGGCUGGUAUGGGAUACGGGUCACUAACAGUAGUGUGGAGAUCUGUCCAUCUGAAGAAAGAUAGUGUCUUACUGUAUGAAUGUGUUCUUUAUGAGAAACACCAUUAUAUGUAACUAUAAACUUAAAAGGCUGAAAGAUAAAAGUGCAUCUCUCGUUGUUCAUGGAUUGAAGUAUGUACUUGAAGAAUCUGUAUUUGUUUUUAUUUUUGUACUACAUAUAAAUCAGUUUUAAGAUGUUUAAUUUCCAGAAGGCCUUAGUUAUCAGUGUAUUCUUAUUAUCUCGAAAAAAGAGAGUUUUGCAGUGAGACUGAGUACCCUAAACAGACUCAUUCAUGUUUUGUGUUAAUAAGUAGAGCCAACAGUAAGAACCUGUGUUUCAGACAUGUUCCCAUAACAUGAAUUUAUCUUUAUCUACAUUGUCAUAAUUUUAAAAUGCGUAUUUCAAAAUGUAUUUUUUACAUAAUAUGCAGCUGGUACUAUUUGAAAGGAUUUCUUAAAUCUAAAGUAGUGGAGGAGUGAGCUAUACCACCAGUUUAAAUAUUUUUCAUCAUGCGACUAAAUAUUUUAUCAUAUACAGCUGUCCAUGUUAGAGUGGGUAAACAUUUGUCACCACACUGAAAUACUAUGGAAAUACUAUGGAUCACUAAAAGGCUAAAGAGAGUACAAUCUGCACACAUAUAAUAGAAUCCUAUGACAGGAGUACCAAGGUAAAAAAUGUUGAUAUAAACCUGUACAAAAAUACAUCAAUCUUCUUGUCUUUGA